UCUCUCUUUCUCAUCAAAACAAAACUAUCUUCUGAACGCAAAACAUGAACACUAACAGUACCCUACUGUUGUCUCUCCUCAUCUUCUCCACCCUCCUCCACUCUUCUCUCUCUGAUCUCUGCAACCCAAAUGACAAACAGGUUCUUCUCAAGAUAAAAAAAGCCCUUAACAACCCUUACAUACUCGCUUCUUGGAACCCAGAUACAGACUGUUGUAACUGGUACUGUGUCGCUUGUGAUCUCACCACUAACCGCAUUAACUCUCUCACCAUCUUCUCCGGAGAUCUCCCCGGUCAAAUCCCUGCUGAAGUCGGUGAUCUUCCUUACCUUGAAACUCUAGAGUUUCAUAAGCUAACCAACCUCACUGGCCCUAUACAACCCUCCAUUGUCAAACUCAAGAACCUCAAGUUUCUACGUCUUAGCUGGACAUAUCUGUCUGGUUCAGUACCAGACUUCCUUAGCCAACUCAACAACUUAACAUUCUUGGAUCUUUCUUUUAACAAUCUUUCUGGCUCAAUCCCCAGUUCCCUUUCCAAGUUGCAAAAUCUUGGUGCUCUUCAUUUGGAUAGAAACAAGCUUACGGGUCCAAUCCCAGACUCUUUUGGUGCAUUCAAUGGCCAAGUACCAUCGCUCUACUUGUCACACAACCAGCUCUCUGGUAAAAUACCUCCCUCUUUAGGCAACAUGGAUUUUAACGUCAUUGAUUUGUCUAGGAACAAACUUGAAGGCGAUGCUUCGUUUUUGUUCGGGAUAAACAAGACAACUCAGCAACUGGACGUUUCUAGAAACCUGUUGGCGUUUAAUCUGUCAAAGGUUGAGUUUCCGACGAGCUUGACAUCGUUGGACCUGAAUCACAACAAGAUCUUCGGGAGCAUUCCAACGCAACUGACUUCAGUGGAUUUACAGUUCUUUAAUGUAAGUUAUAACAGGUUGUGUGGGCAGAUUCCUGUAGGAGGGAAGUUGCAGAGCUUCGACAAUUCGACGUAUUUUCAUAACAAGUGUUUGUGUGGCGCGCCGCUUGCAGGCUGCAAGUGAGUGCAGUAACUGGAAAGCAGACGGCUUGAUAGUUAAAGGCCGAUGGAUCCAUUCGCAUCCUUGGGCAAUCUUCCAUUUUUUUCAAUUCCAGUAAUUUACUAUUGUGAUCUGUUUUGGGGUAUUGGUUGAAUGAUUAAAAUAAAAAACGGAUUGGCUUCAAAA